GGAUUUUUUUGUCUUGCCUGUCGCCUCGUUCAAGAACGUGCGGAGGUGGUGGGAUUCUUGACAGCAUUGGAAACCGUCCCUCUGCUGGUGCAUGUGCACUUGUCAGUGCUGUUCAUCAAGUAGUUGAACAUCACUCAAGUAGACCGUGUCACUGCUUCUCCGAAUCCCCUUUGAUUUUUUUUCCUCCCUCGAUCCUUCGUGGUAUUAAGAUUUGAGCUGUGAGGCAGGAGCACGAUGCCAUCUUUAACCUAACGCGUGUUCAGGGUACAUCAAGAACCUUUCCGCAGAACUCUAACGGACACGAUGAGCCUCUUCCUGAAGAACAUCACCUCCCUCCCGGCCAACCUGUCCGUGUCCUCGUCCCUGCCCCAGGGGGAGGGGCCCAACCAGAGCUGGGCGGGGCCGCAGGUGGCGCCCUCCCAGGUGGCGGUGGGCGUCCUGCUGACGCUGAUCGACCUGGUGACCUUCCUGGGGAACACGGUGGUGUUCGUGUGCCCCAUCGUGGAGAGGCGGCUGCGCACAGUCACGUACAUGUUCAUCAUGAGCCUGGCCAUGGCCGACCUGCUGGUGGCCUGCCUGGUCAUGCCCUUCAGUAUAAUCUAUGAGGUGACGGGCAUGUGGCUGUUUGGGCAGCCCUUCUGUAAGAUGUGGAUCUCGUUUGACGUGCUGUUCUGCACCGCCUCCAUCGUCACCCUCUGCUUCAUCAGCCUGGACCGGUACUGCUCAGUCAUCUCCCCCCACCACUACCCCCAGAGGAUGUCCCGCUCCAGAUGCAUCGUGAUGACGGUGACCAUCUGGGUGUACUCCUCCCUCAUCUCCUUCCUGCCGGUGAUGCAGGGCUGGAACGAGAUCCCGGGCCUGGCCUACGACCCGCGCCAGGACUGCGUCUUCGUCACCAACUGGGCCUUCGCCAUCGUGGCGUCCUCGCUGGCCUUCUACCUGCCCUUCCUCAUCACCUGCACCAUGUACUUCUUCAUCUACCGCGCCUCCCGGCUCAAAGCCACGCGCAUCGGCUCGCAGACGCUGGAGCUGCACUACCACCCGGAGAGCCGGCGGCCCAACCACCUGCAGCUGGAGAACAAGGCCACGCGCACCAUGGCCGUCAUCAUCUCCGUCUUCGUCAUGUGCUGGCUGCCCUACUUCGUGCUCAACGUGGGGCUGGCGGCGGGCGGGUGGGGGGGCCAGAGGCCGCCGCCCGUCGGCGUGACGCUCCUCUUCAAGGUCAUCACCUGGCUGGGCUACUGCAACUCCGCCAUCAACCCGGUGCUCUACGCCUUCCUCAACCGCGACUUCCAGCGGGCGCUGCGGCGGCUGCUGGUGUGCCGCCGCCGGCGACGCUCGCCGUCCGUGGACAUCGGCGAGGACAUGGUGUCCAUCGUCACCUUCUCGCGCACCGCCCAGGAGCCCCAGGAGUUCGACAGCAAGGCCGCCGCCGUGCCCAACGGCACCCUGAAGAGCCAGCCGCCGCCCACGCGCUGGCCGCCGAGCGAGGCGGGCCCCCCGCGCACGCUCAAGCUGCUGAGUCCCGUCGCCAAAGCGGGCCGCCAUCCCAGAAACCCCAGCUAGAGCGGCGACCGUCUCAGUCCUGCACCCCAACGCAUGAACGAUCGGGACACUGCCCUCGUUUCAUUUAUAGAAGUACAUUUUAGAAAUUUUUUUAAAUAAAGGGAAAAAAAUACAUUUAAAAAAAAUGAUUUCAUAACUUUGUGAGAGUAGUGGAGCGUCUCUCUUCUGAGGGACCCAGAAUUUUUGUUCACAAGGCCGUGUUUUUUAAGCUCAUUAAUCAACAUGUCAGGCAGUGAAUGUAAACUACACGCAUUUAUCAUCGUUGGGAAAACGGCGUUCCGGUCGCAAGGGAGAAAACUUUUUUUAAGUGAGACGUUCGCUUCAAGCGCUCUUCCAGGAUCACGUUUCCCCUUCACCACGUAGCCGGCUGUAAAAGGUAGAACUGACGCUUCACCCAGACGAUUUCCACGGAAACCACGAGAGUAGUCUCGCACCUCGCCGUACGCGAAGGCCCAGAGUCGGAGCCGGAGUCAGAGAAACCAGAGAGACUGCAAUCGGCUUCAUAUUGAAGCCUGACCUGAUCUGGAUGGUGAAGAAAACGAUACGUCUCUGUAUAAGAUGGCGACUCUCUCUACAGUUUCGCAUUGAAGAACAAGACACAAGACAAACCUUCAUCUUUGUGUAAUAAGAUGUGUUUUGUGAGGGCAUAUUAAAGUAGUUGUGUCUGUAUGUUUGUGUUGUGAUUAACAGUAAAAUCCGCCAUUCUUUUAUAUUGUCGAGAACAUAUUUAUGAACAGCUGAAAAAUGAUGGUUCAUUUUGAGGCUACUUCGUCUGUAUUAAAGUGUCGUAACGUGUCUACA